UUAUAGAUUUAAAAAGAGACGCUGCAUUCUCAGACUGACAUUCAUUCAGCACUCACUGCCACCUUUUAAACAGAUUUACUCUGUUCGCUUAGCUGCUAGUGUCAAUUCCCGAUACCUUGUGCACUUCACUUCGUCUCCAGCAGCACCAUGCUCAGGAUGCUACAGAAACUCCGUCUCCAGCCAGGGAUCAUUAUAUUAUUGAUAUGGCUCUGUCAUUUCAUGGAAGAUCAAAAAGUACAAGCUGGCAACUGCUGGUUACAGCAGGGGAAGAACGGGAGGUGUCAGGUGCUCUACGUACCGGGGAUGAGCCGAGAGGAAUGCUGUAGAAGCGGGAGGCUGGGAACGUCAUGGACCGAGGAGGAUGUACCCAACAGCACCUUGUUCCGGUGGAUGAUCUUUAACGGCGGAGCCCCCAACUGCAUACCCUGCAAAGAAACGUGCGACAACGUGGACUGUGGACCCGGAAAGAGAUGCAAGAUUAACAGGAGAAGCAAACCGCGCUGCGUCUGCGCGCCAGACUGCUCCAAUGUCACUUGGAAAGGACCUGUCUGCGGAUCGGAUGGAAAGACAUACAAAGACGAGUGCGCGUUGCUCAAGUCCAAAUGUAAAGUUCAUCUGGACCUGGAAGUGCAGUACCAGGGCAAAUGCAAGAAGACCUGCCGUGACGUUUUAUGCCCAGGAAGCUCCACGUGCGUCGUGGACCAGACAAAUAACGCAUAUUGUGUGAUGUGUAAUCGGAUCUGCCCUGAACAGAGGUCACCGGAUCAGUUCCUGUGUGGCAACGACGGCAUUAUCUAUGCCAGUGCCUGUCAUCUGAGGAGGGCGACAUGUCUCCUGGGAACAUCCAUAGGAGUAGCAUACCAGGGGAAAUGCAUCAAGGCCAAGUCGUGCGAGGACAUCCACUGCAGUGUGGGGAAGAAGUGUCUGUGGGAUGUCAGGAUGAGCCGAGGCCGCUGCUCCCUCUGUGAGGAGGCGUGUCCAGAGAGCCGGAUGGACGGUGCGGUGUGUGCCAGCGACAACACCACCUACCCCUCGGAGUGUGUUAUGAAGCAGACCGCCUGCUCUCUGGGAACGCUCCUGGAGGUUAAGCAUUCAGGAUCUUGCAACUCCAUUACAGAAGCCCCGGAGGAGGAAGAGGAGGAGGAGGAGGAGGAGGAGGAGCAGGAAGAUCAGGACUACACGAUUUAUAUCCACCUGUCCUCCUUAUUGGAUGGAUAGGCUGUCUAUCAUAUCCAGCUGUCCUCCUUAUUGGAUGGAUAGGCUGUCUAUCAUAUCCAGCUGUCCUCCUUAUUGGAUGGAUAGGCUGUCUAUCAUAUCCACCUGUCCUCUUUAUUGGAUGGAUAGGCUGUCGAUCAU